UCAUGGGCAGCUGAGGCUCGUCAUAUAAAAACUGCAGUGCCCUCUUUGUUUACAGCAGACAGAAGUGGAAGUCAGUACUUCCCAAUUCGAGCGAUCGCUUCCCAGCGGCUCCAUCAAAUAGCCAGAAGGCUCGACACGUUUCAGCCCAGUUUUUUUUGUCUGUUUUGGGUAUCCUAAAUACGCAGUCAUGGUGGCUAUGACAAAGAGAGUGAAAACCUUCCAAAUUAUCUUUUCGGAUCCCAGCAAGACUUUUUACUGCGGCGGUGAGAAGGUGUCUGGCCGGGUGGAGGUGGAAGUGACCGAGGUGACGCGUGUGUCCGCAGUGAAGGUGCUGGGUCUGGGCUGCGCCAAGGUGGAGUACGCUAAAGGCAAACAGCGAUGUCGCCAGGAGGCUGAGUACCUCAGAUACGAGGAGGUACUGCGGCUCGACGAGCAACCCACAGACUCUGAUGGAUCAGUCGUCUUGAGGCCUGGCAACAAAUAUGAGUACACCUUUGGAUUUGAGCUCCCCGAGCAAGGUCAGCUGGUGUCGUCAUACAAAGGGAAGUUUGGCUAUGUCCACUACUAUGUGAAGGCCCUGAUGGAGAGGCCACAGCAGCCCACCCUCGAAUGCAAGAAACUCUUUGAGGUGGAGGAGCCUCUGGAUGUCAACACCCCAGACCUGCUGUCUCCCACAGGUGGCAUGAAAGAGAAGAAAGUCACCUGCAUGUUCAUUCCAGAUGGUCAGGUGUCACUGAAUGCUAAAAUCGAUCGCCGUGGCUUCUGUGAAGGUGAAGACAUUUACAUCAAUGCAAAGUUUGAGAACACCUGCUCCCGCAUUGUGGUGCCCAAAGCCGCCAUCAUUGCCAAACACAUCUACCAGGCCAACGGCAGGACCAAAGUCUUCCGCCAGAAGUUGUCAUCUGUGCGUGGAAACCACAUCAUCUCUGGCAUGUGUGACGCCUGGCAAGGGAAGACCAUCAGGGUUCCAAAGAUCAAACCAUCCAUCCUGGGCUGCAACAUCAUCCGUGUGGAGUACGCUCUGAUGAUUUACGUCCACAUCCCUGGAAGUGAGAAACUGAUCCUGGAGCUGCCUCUUGUCAUCGGGACCGCUGGUCUUGGCAGCCGCAGCAACAGCGUGAGCAGUCAGGAAGGUUCAGUCAGCAACGCCUCUCAGAGCUGGGUGUCUCUCAGGAUGCCCUCUGAGCCGCCCAGCUACUGUGACAUCACCCGCGACUGCCGCCUGGACCAGCCCCUCACUCCACUCCUGGACGACUUUGAUGGUGAUGACAGCCCCAUCUUCAUGAACGUACCGGCAUUCCAGUUCCCGCCGCCACCAGCGUACACUGAGGCUGAGGAAGAGUUCAAUGGCAACGCUCGCAUGCUUCCUGUCUGUUGAAGUCCAGCAGGGAAUCUAGAACUGUGGUCCAGCUCUCAGGGACCGUUAAUCUAAGGCACUUGAAAAGGAGCGGAAGGUCCAAACUCCAGAGGAGAUGUGUUGACGUGGAGAAGUAAAGCCAGGACUGUGGAGGUGGACAGAAAGAUGCUCGCCUGUUCUAUCAGCUGUCUUCACUGCACUUAAUCGCCUUCGCCGACCCUGAGUCUUCCAUGUGGUGUUCUUCAGGUCCUCGCAGACCUGGAGGUCCAGCCACAGAGUCUGUGGCGCACUACAUUUCCGAAUAAGCUGUCCCUUCCAGAGACUUGAUAUCAGGGUCUCAUUGCCCAUUCACAGCCACUUUAUGACUUUGUUAUCGGGGCCAAGCAUUGUAUGAGUCAGGCCUCAGCCUGCUGUGACAUCUUUGCUUUGGGGUUUGUCUUUCCCGCAUGAUGCUUUGUCAUUCCAGUCAAACCCUGUAUCUGUAAGGGAUUUCACUAGAGAGACCAUCCUUUCCAUUACUUCAGUCCAGUUAGUUUGUGUUGCUGUUCAGAUUUUUGGAAUAUUGUUGCCUUUGAGAAUUACAGCAUGUAGAGUUAUCUUGCCUGGAUGCUGAGUGAACCCCAUGCAGCAUCCAUAUUUUCUUAUGUACCAGUGUUUGAAAUCAAAUAUGGUUUGUUGUUUUUAUUGCACUUUUUUAUUGAUGCAUUAUGCUCUACUACUGCCUACAAGCAUUUAUUUUUUUUUAAGUUUGAAUAAUGUUUCUGAUGUGGAGCGUGAAACUCAAUAGGUAAAACACUCCAGACUUAUUUUAACCUCACAUUUGAUUUCCAAACUCAGGUUUGGUGGUAAGCGGUGAUUUCUUGACACUGCAAGUGCCAAACACAAUCCACAAGAGCAUUCACGCUCCAGAAUCACGGAGCACACAUUAUGUGAGGAUAAUCAUUAUAUCUGGUCUGCAGUUGUCCUAGACAACAUUUCACUGUGAGAUCCUUCCUGUGGUGGUUUCACAACUUCUGUUCUUUCAGGGCUCAAAGAUAAAAAAAUCACUGUUAAAGACUGAUUUGUGAGAAAUAUGUUUGUAAAGCAUCCUUGAUACUCAAAACAAGUAUUUUUGUAUGAAACCCUAUGGGUUGAUUUCUUUUUUUAUUAAA